UUGCCGCCUUCGUAGGGUGCCGAAUUGUACCUUUUUUCCACGCGUGCCAUGGCGAGCCGAGGGGCUCGUCAGCGCCUGAAGGGGAGCGGGGGCAGCGGCGGGGACACAGUCUCGGCCGCGGACAAGCUGCGGGAGCUGCUGUGCAGCCGUGAGGCGAGCGGCGCGGAGCCCCGGACCGAGUUAUCUGGGAACAAAGCAGGACAAGUCUGGGCACCUGAAGGAUCUACUGCUUUCAAGUGUCUGCUCUCAGCAAGGUUAUGUGCUGCUCUCCUGAGCAACAUCUCUGACUGUGAUGAAACAUUCAACUACUGGGAACCAACACACUACCUCAUCUAUGGGAAGGGGUUUCAGACUUGGGAAUAUUCCCCAGUUUAUGCGAUUCGUUCCUAUGCUUACCUGUUGCUUCAUGCCUGGCCAGCUGCAUUUCACGCAAGAAUUCUACAAACUAAUAAGAUUCUUGUCUUCUACUUUUUACGAUGUCUCCUGGCUUUUGUGAGCUGUAUCUGUGAACUUUACUUCUACAAGGCUGUGUGCAAGAAGUUUGGGCUGCAUGUGAGUCGAAUGAUGCUAGCCUUCUUGGUUCUUAGCACUGGCAUGUUUUGCUCCUCAUCAGCAUUCCUUCCUAGCAGCUUCUGUAUGUAUACAACGUUGGUAGCCAUGACUGGCUGGUAUAUGGACAAGACUUCCGUUGCUGUGCUUGGAGUAGCCGCUGGGGCUAUCUUAGGCUGGCCAUUCAGUGCCGCUCUUGGCUUACCCAUUGCCUUUGAUUUGCUGGUCGUGAAACACCGGUGGAAGAGUUUCUUUCAUUGGUUUCUGGUGGCCCUAAUACUCUUUCUGGUGCCUGUGGUGGUCAUUGACAGCUACUACUAUGGGAGGCUGGUUGUUGCACCACUGAACAUCGUCUUGUACAAUGUCUUUACUCCUCAUGGACCUGAUCUUUAUGGUACGGAACCCUGGUAUUUCUAUUUGAUUAAUGGAUUUCUUAAUUUUAAUGUAGCCUUUGCUUUGGCUCUCCUGGUCUUACCACUGACUUCUCUCAUGGAAUACCUAUUGCAGAGAUUUCAUGUUCAGAAUUUAGGCCACCCAUAUUGGCUUACCUUGGCUCCAAUGUAUAUUUGGUUUAUAAUUUUCUUCAUCCAGCCUCACAAAGAGGAGAGAUUUCUUUUCCCUGUAUAUCCACUUAUAUGUCUCUGUGGCGCUGUGGCCCUCUCUGCACUUCAGAAAUGUUACCACUUCGUGUUUCAGCGAUACCGCCUGGAGCAUUACACGGUGACGUCGAACUGGCUGGCAUCGGGAAUGCUCGUCCUGUUUGGGCUCUUGUCCUUUUCUCGCUCUGUGGCACUGUUCAAAGGGUAUCACGGGCCCCUUGAUUUGUAUCCAGAAUUUUACCGAAUUGCCACGGACCCAACCAUCCACACUGUCCCAGAAGGCAGGCCUGUGAAUGUCUGUGUAGGAAAGGAAUGGUAUCGCUUUCCCAGUAGCUUCCUUCUGCCUGAUAAUUGGCAGCUUCAAUUCAUUCCAUCAGAGUUCAGGGGUCAGUUACCAAAACCUUUUGCGGAGGGACCGCUGGCCACUCGAAUUGUUCCUACUGACGUGAAUGACCAGAACCUGGAGGAGCCAUCCAGAUACAUUGACAUCAGUAAAUGCCAUUAUUUAGUGGAUUUGGACACCAUGAGAGAAACACCCCGGGAGCCGAAAUAUUCAUCAAAUAGAGAAGAAUGGAUCAGCUUGGCCUACAGACCAUUCCUUGAUGCUUCUAGAUCUUCAAGGUUGCUGCGGGCAUUCUAUGUCCCCUUCCUGUCAGAUCAGUAUACAGCAUAUGCAAACUAUACCAUCCUCAAACCCCGGAAAGCAAAGCAAAUCAGGAAGAAAAGUGGAGAGCGGAGAAGAGCAGAACCACCUUACAGGAAGAAUUGAAAAUCCCUGAACUGGAUGGCUGCGUUAAACUGCUCUCCAUACUCUGGCCUGGCAUCUGAGAACUAGCAAGCCUCUUUUGGGCCAUAUGGGCUUCUCCACCAAAGCUGUUUGGCAGCUCCUAGCAGACCUUGUUCAAAUCCUAGUGCUGAAAAUGAGCACAGCCUAAUUGCCAACCUACAUGUCCUUUUCACCUCGUGCAAGGCUAAGCUUCUCUAAAGCACUUCACAGGACUAGGACCCUGUCCUGGAGAUAUCUCAGGAAAAAGGCAACCAUUUGAGGAACUGGAACCUAAUUUCAUUAUAUAGGAUGCCUCUUAUUUUCAUUUUAUUUCCUUUACAACAAACUGUAAUUAUGUUUUAAGUUUUAGCAUGCUGUUUCUUGAAUUUAAGACUUCUCUGUAUAAAGGUAUCAACAGACCAGACGUAAUUGUACACGACAUAUUUGGAGAAAAUUAAUUCUAUCACUUGGUAGGUUUGGAUGACCUCACAUUUUUAAGUAAUGUAUUCUGAGGCCAUUUCUGAGGAAAUUAAGAAUUUCCCUUUAUUCUUUAAAAACCCUAGUGGAAAAGGCCAGUGUAUAUUUAUAGCACCUAUUUUUGAGUCUAUCUAUUGCAAAGCACAUUCUGCAUGGGGCACUUCUAGUCAAAUAGGCAAUGAUAAGGACCUAAUUAAAAUGUAGUAAGUAUAUACUAUUACUUUACAUACAGUGUCCCACAGUUUACAAAGCACUUUCACAUUAUCUCAUUUGGUCCUCACGUCACGACGAGAGGUAGACAAGGCAAGUGGUUUUAUCC